CUCCCCCACCCUCUUCCUUCUCUCUCUAGUUUCAGACUCUCUCUCUAUCUCUAAUUGCUAGCUGACAGACACAGGGACAGGACAAGGACAUCUUUGUUAGGUCUCACCCCUAUGAGAUUGAAAACCAGAGGACCCUAAAACUAUACUCCUACGUAUCCCAAAAAUACUAUCUCCGAUAACUCACUGAUCAACAUCAAUGGUAGCUGGCAAGGUAAGGGUGGCCAUCGGCCUCCAGAAGUCGCCCGCGCACAUUUCCAAACCCGAAACUCCGCCGCCGCCGCCUCCCGCCAAGCAACAUACCUCGUCGUCAACCACCGGCUCCGGCAAUAAGAGUUCUCACAAGUCUGCUUUCUCUCGCUCUUUCGGCGCAUACUUCCCUCGCUCUUCGGCACAAGUCCAGCCCCGUCCGCCUGACGUGACGGAGCUCCUCCGUCUCGUGGAGGAGCUGCGCGAGAGGGAGUCUCGCUUGAAGACGGAACUUAUUGAGCAUAAGCUCUUGAAGGAGUCUGUCGCCAUUUUGCCUGUUCUGGAGAACGAGAUUAGUGCCAAGGAAACAGAGAUUGAGAGGAAUGCCAGGCGAGUGGAGGAAUUGGAGGCUGAGAAUUUGAGUCUGGUAAAUGAGUUAGGGGAGUUGAAGCGUCGGGUUGAAGAAGAGAGAAGAGAAAGCGAGAUGAAGAUGAAAACGUUGGAGGAUAAGAUAGAAGAGUUAGAAAAAUGGGUAUCGGAUCAUGCAGAAAAAAGAAAUGCAUUAAACAGCGAUGAUCUUUCUUCUUCUCAAAGGUUUCAAGGGCUUGUGGAUGUUUCUGUGAAGUCGAAUCUAAUCAAGAAUUUGAAGAGAGGAGCUAAGUGCGCAGAGAGUUCCUCAAACCAGGAUAGCAAUGUUCAUUCUCAUAAGCAGCUUGAAAGUAGUGUCAAUUUGAAAAGAGAGGUAGUAGAAAUAGAAAUGGAGAAACCCAGACAUUCUCGGAAUAACUCAGAAGAGCUGGCUGAGUCUGCGGAGUCGGCGAUAAUCAAUGUCAGAUCCCGUGCACCCAGAGUUCCAAAACCACCGCCAAGACCCUCGUCGUCGUCGUCUCCUCCAUCGCCGCCGUCAUCGUCUGACACAACCUCUGAUGCUUCAGAUGGAAAUGGUGAAACAGAGCAAGCAGUUCCGAAACCUCCACCACCGCCACCACCUCGUCACGCGGCUGCAUCCAAGUCUGUUCCACCACCACCACCACCACCUCCUCGCUCGGCGGCAUCCAAGGCUGUUCCGCCGCCUCCUCCGCCGCCGCCAAAGGGAAGCAAACCAGGACCACCCAAGGUGAGGAGAGUACCAGAGGUGGUCGAGUUUUACCACUCGUUAAUGCGGAGGGACUCACAUUCCCGGCGGGACUCAGGCUCCGGUGCGACGGAGGUUCCGACGACGGCGAAUGCCCGAGACAUGAUCGGUGAGAUCGAGAACCGUUCAGCUCACUUACACGCGAUCAAAACAGACGUGGAAACACAAGGUGAUUUCAUAAGGUUCUUGAUCAAGGAGGUGGAGGGCGCUGCUUUCACAAACAUCGACGACGUUGUGUCAUUUGUUAAAUGGCUUGACGAAGAGCUCUCUUAUUUGGUGGACGAAAGAGCUGUGCUGAAACACUUCGAAUGGCCAGAACACAAGGCAGAUGCACUGCGAGAGGCCGCGUUCGGAUAUUGUGAUCUGAAGAAAUUAGAAUCCGAGGCUUCUUCCUUCCGCGACGAUCCUCGCCAACCAUGUGGUCCUGCUCUCAAGAAGAUCCAGUCUCUAUUUGAGAAGUUAGAGCAUGGGGUUUACAAUAUCUCAAGGAUGAGAGAGUCCGCAACGCAUAGAUACAAGGUCUUUCAUAUACCUGUGGAUUGGAUGCUUGACACGGGAUACGUGAGCCAGAUAAAGCUGGCAUCAGUAAAACUGGCGAUGAAGUACAUGAAGAGGGUAUCUGCGGAGCUAGAAGCAGGCGGUGGUGGUCCUGAGGAAGAAGAGCUGAUCGUGCAAGGAGUUAGGUUUGCAUUUCGUGUACAUCAGUUUGCUGGGGGAUACGAUGUGGAGACGAUGAGGGCGUUCGAAGAAUUAAGAGAUAAGGCGAGGUCGUGCCAUGUACAAAGCCAGAGCCAGCAACAUAAAUACUUGUGCAGGUCUGCUACUUGCUGAUCAACAUCGUCUGAUGAUGCUAAUAUGCUUGCUUUCGGAGCAAACUCUGCUUCCCUUGAUAUAUGUAAAUCACCCUUGUAGCCCCCACCUAUCCCUUGUUAUUGCAAAAAACCUUAUUCAUAAUAUUACUCAUUCUUCUAUUCGUUCA